CUUUGCCUUGUGCUCCAAAUGGUACUAACUUUCUUUUCCGACUGUACCUUUAGCUAUGACGUGGUCGCACUAGGAUGCCCCCCCUUCUAUCAGGCAACUAAUAUGUUGUGGACGAAAUUUCUGUAGUGACGUAGCUCUUCAGUAAUUGUUUUCACGGAAGAGCAGUCGUCCACGACCUAUCCGCUUGCUUUUCGUCACAGUGGCCGCGAGGUAAGUAUAUUUCUAUGUGUGACACAGUCAAGAAAACAGCCACCAGCUCAGGCUCGUCGCGCUAAGGCGGCGCAGUUGCGGGACCACGAAAGUAUAAAUUCAACGGGGGGGGGUACUAGCUGUAGUUUGUCGCCUCCUCGCUUCUCCCAACGGCUGUGAGCCGGUCGCCGCAGUUGCGACCGACUUUCGUACAACCUUCUCGCCGAGUCAGCUCCCACUAUCGCUGAGCGACGAGCAGGGGACGACUUUUACAAGAUGAAUAUGCAGCAGCAGAUGAUGAUGGCUGCGGCCACGGGCGGUGGGGUAAACCCCCUCGGUGGGAUGAAUCCGCUGGACAUGUUAUCAAAAUGAAAAAUCCCCCCUCCCCAUAUUGAAAAGCUAUGUGUCCGAAAUUUUGUGUUGCUGAUUUGAGGUCACAAAUCACAUGUGUCUUGCAAGACGACAAGGGCAGAAGCUUCCGCCCCAUUAUGGACGGACGCGAUUUGUCAUGCUGUUGGGCUUAAGGGGGAGCCGUUUGCCAUGCUGAGCAACUAGACCCAUACGCCCCUACCUAGCCUGGGGAUCUGGCCGCAAUGCCUUCCUGCAAUACAAAGCUGAUUUGUGUACACAAAUCCAGCAUCACGCCUCACGCCUCACAAAUCCAGCAUCAGAAAUUUCGUUCCGAUAUGGGGAGGGGGGAUUUUUCCUUGCAAUACAUGUUUGCCUCCUGCAGCGGCCCGGCCAACGACCCACUUGCCGAGCUGAAGGAGAUUGGCGCGGGCGAGGCGCGCGCUCUAGGAGCGAAAAGCAACAAGAAGCACUACCUGCGGAUUUGCUUCCACUCAGCCUCCAAGCUCGCCACCGACCGGUUCGGGAACUGCGACCCGUACGUGCAUGUCACCAUGGGCGGCGGGACCCAGGAGCUCUCCUUCCAGUCGAUCACGAUGAAAAAAUCCACGUCCCCGGUGUGGGAGGACGUGUGGGAAACCCAGAUCGAGAUUGGCGUGCACAUGAACUGCAUGAUUCGGGUGUACCACGAAUCGUUCGGGGUCGACACGCUGCUGGGCGUCACCUCCUUGAUCAUCCCCCAGGCGGAGGCCGCUGUGAAGCGCGAGACCCUGAAGCUGGCGGGUGUGCCCACCGUCGGGUUUUUUUCGCGCACGAAGCCCGCGUCCACCAUCACCGUUUUGUACCAAGUCACGAACACGCUGAAGCACGCCCUGGACCUGGUGCAAAUCGGCGACAUGGACGACAUCGACCUGCAGCCAAAGGAUUUGAACGUCUCCAUCGACCUACGCCGGUUCCGCAUGAAGAAGUAUGCAAAAAAGGAAGAUCGGGUAUAGUUAGUAUUUGAAAACGCGAAGAAAAUUCUGGAGGAAGGCCUCUACGUUUGAAGUUCAUCUUCAUGAAAUCUUUGCAAUAUGAAAAAUCUUAGCAGUUGGUUUGGACUUUCCUGGUGGCGCUAUUCUCUUCCAUUUUUACAUCUUUUCGCAUUCGCUCGCGAUUUGGCGCAAAAGAGAAACAAAUCUGCGAGCGAGAGCAAACGAAGACGGGCUACUUCCACGGAAGAGAUCUGAUCUCAACCUCGAAACUAAAAUCAGCUCGUGAUGGUGGUCGGCCUGGUGGACAUCCAGAAGGCCGCCCUGGCCGAGGAAGCGAAGGCUGAAGCGCAAGACGACGACGACGGGGACGAAUCGGUGGCAGCCGGCGCCGGUGCGCAGGUGCGUGCAAGUCCAGAAAUCAUCAUUAAAACGGCGGAGCGCGAAGCCGGGUGGGACGACGGUGGCGUCGACGGGUGGGAGGUAAACUGGGCGCAGACCAUGAACCGCGCUGACAUGCUCCAGCACGUCAUAUCCUUCACGCUGCAGGAACUGCAACCCGACGGCAGUAAGUUUGUACGCGGGGUGUGGGAGGAACCCUUUUCGUCCCUGGUCGACACGGUCUCCCAGUCCGGCGCGCCGCUGCACUGCUGGAUCCAGCUCAAGGACGCCAUAGGUGUCAACGCGGGCAAGGCUCUGAUCGAACUUGACAUCUUCGAAAGCGAGCGACACAAACUUCCGCCCAUCGCCAGCGUGGAAGAUCUGCAGAUUCGUGCAGGUCCUUAUGAUUCAAUUGCUAAGCUUCAGGACUAUAACACUAAUUUCCAGAUGUGAUGUCUCGUCAUCUCUACUUAGGACGAGAUUUGUUGCUCGAUGUAGAAGUGAAGGGAACUCCUUCAAUCUCAGUGCGUGCGAGGCAUGAUGCUUCGGCUUCCAUCAAAAUUCAACUGCAACGAAGGCGCACCUCCGCUUGGAGACCGCGAGAAACCGGUGGAGUAUUUCGUGCACCUGUACGGAGAUUUCUUCCCGCAGAUUGACAAGCCCGGCAUGUUUUCUUCUGCACCGGGUCCUUUGGAUCCCCAGUGGGGGUGCGACCCCUUCGUGCGCAUCUCCAUGGACGGGCCCAAGGUGAUCUCCAAGCCGUUCCAGUGUCAGCGACGCCGCGUGAUCUGGGGCGACGCGGUCCGCAUCCGCACGAAAAUUGGGAACACCCGCGCAAAGAUCGAGCUGUUGGACGGAGACGCGAGCCUGUUCGGUGGCGACGAGAAGCUGCUGGGCGAGAUGACCAUUUACAACCUGAAACCGGGGGUGAACAACUGGUUGCACUUCGAGGGUGGAGCCCUGCACGCCACCAACGAGGACAUCUCGCUGGCGAUGAUCAAGGGCGGUUCGGUCGGCCCCGCCUCCACCUACCGCGGCUCCCUCUGUGUGCACUUCUCCACCAAGGCCAAGGCCAGCGCAAACCUGUGGCCGCCGCACCUGCCCCGCUUGCGGAGCUACGCGAAGGCGCAGCUGGUCGUCAAGAUGUACCGUGGCCUGUACUUGACGGAGUUCGCGCCGGAGCAGGGCGAGCCCCCGCGCAAGUGCAAAAUCCUCAUCCACGUGCCCUCGGGUGGGCUGCCGGUGCGCAUGACGCAGAAGGAGCUGGACAAGCUGCCGAAGUACACCCGGCAGCAGGACCCGAAUCUGAAUCCGAUCAAACCCCUGAAUCCCAACAUCCUGUGCUUCCCCGGAGAAAUCGAGGAGGGCGGCAUGCUGAACUUCCUGGUCGGCGACGAGGAGCGGCGCCUGGCGCGGCAGCGCCGGACCUGCCUGGGCUUGUGCGGGCCCUCGAACCCGGAGGAGUAUGACGAGGAGGAUGACCCGACCCGGCCGCUAUUCUACGUGGAGCGGCGGAGUCCGCCGUUCUACCUGCUGCCCGGCGUGGACAAGUGUUACAUGUACCUGUUUUUAGACGACGAAUUGGACCAGCUGAACCGGGAAACAGACAACCCGGCGGCAAACCCGCCAAAGGUUUUUGGCCUCAUGAACCUGAUGGAUCCCAGCUCCGACCCACUGAAAGUGCAGGCGGCCACCAUGGGGUCGGAGCAGAGAACCUCGGUAGCCGGGCAGACGGUUGAGUUGACGGCCCACGAGAAGUGGCAGCUGCGGGAAGUGGAGCGGGACAAGGUUCGUCUGCAGCAGGAGCGCGCCCGGCCGAAGUGGGAGAGGCUGCGGUGGGACAUGAGCGUGCUCACGCCACCGGACACCGCGAUUUACGAGACCGGGGUGGUGGGGAGGUUGCUGUGUAGCGCCAAAUUAGACGAGGACAUCGACAAAGACGCGAUGGACGAAAUCGAAGAUUUGGAAGAGGAGGACCUGGUGAAGGCAAAGAACGGAAGUAACGACAACGGUCACGCGAAGCAGGGCACCGCGAUCGCGCCUGUGGACAUCGAGCUGUUGGAUCCGACGGCGGAGAAAGCGGCGGGCGGGGCCGAGGGAUCAACGGAGGGCCACCUGCCGCGCCACACGGUCCGCAGUAAGAAGCGCAAGCCGGACAGGAUUGAGAUGUUGCCGAAAACGUUGAUGCCGACGGGUAACCGGUUUUGUGGACCCGCACUGAAGGAGAUCCCGGUGGGAUCCUUCGGAAGCGAGGUUUCGUACAAGCGCAAGAUGCUGAGCGACAUGUACACGGUGUACUGCCACGUGGACGUGUUGUGCGGGCGUGACCUGCCCGCGAUGGACGAGAACGGGCUGUGCGAUCCGACCUGGAUCGUGCAGGUGCAAAAUAAGGAGGCCGUGUCCAUCAAAGUGCCGCAGUCCCUGAACCCCACGUACGUGCAGCGCGUCGUGAUCCCCUACGAAGUGUACAUUCCGCCGUCCUACAGCGCCUCGGGCGAAGGCUACCGGAAGCGCGUCGGGAACGUGAACGGGCAUUUGCAGCUGGAACCGGACCCGAACAACCCGCUCCCGCCCGUGCGGCUCAUCAUCCGCGAUCGCGACGAGGGCUUUCUGCUGCAACCGGACACGUUUCAGGAGGUCGCCACGAUCGCGAAUUUAGCACCCUUAAACUUGGACGACGAGUCCACGCGCAUCUGGAAGAACCUGCCGAAAGGCCAAACACCCCCGUCUUCGCCGAAAGCUGGGGCCACGUCUUCCUCCAGCGCCUACAUUGUGGGUAAAAACGCCGCCGGCGUAGAGGUGGACAACUACGGCUUCGAAAAGGGGCAGCUGCGGCUGAACGAGGCGCACGUGCCGGUCUGGCAGCGGCUGGACGUGCAGGAGGACGGCAAGACCAUGCAGCAGCUGGACAACGCCAAGGGGUGGAAGGGCAAGCCCAUGGUGCUGUGGUCCGCGGGCUACUCGCUGCAGGCCGGGGCGCACCUGAUGUACAAGGAGUGGCGGUUCGAGCCCCCGAACGAAGUGGAGGUCUCCGGCAUGCUCUCCAGCGACAGCGCGGCGGCCAAGACGUUGAAGAAAUCGAUGUACGCGUCCUCGCUGCUGGACGACGACCAGCUGGACGUGGUGGACAUGAUGACGGUGCGGGAGAUCGCGGCCGGCGAGGUGUUCACCUUCGACUACCAGCAGAACGGUCGGGCCAAGGUCGCGGGGGUGGACCAGUGGAUCUCCAACUUUUUUCCCGGCAAGAACUGGGUGCCGGUGGAGGACCAGGAGCGGAACAUGGAGCCCACGCCCGUCUUCCACAUCAACACCGGGGAGUUUAAGUACUACCGCACGACGUUGGAUUUGCUGGGGAUCCGCCGGUUGUCGAAGGAGGUCAAGUACGGGCUGAGCCUGCGGGUGGGGUCCUUCUGGAAGACCCCGGUGGACGUGGAGCUGGACGACUCCGAGCUGCCCACGAUCAACUUCAAGGGCGAGGCGCCGCCCGUGCUCGAGUGGCAGGAGCUGGGGGAGAAAGUGAAGUCCGUGAUGCGCUUGGUCGCUACGCGGGACGAGGACCAAGCGAAGAACGCGACGAGUCUGCCGGCGGGCGCGGGCCCGCAAGCAGCGGCCUUGUCGCAGGACAACAUCAGUAUCGCGAGCAGCGUGGCGACGGACGUCGGAAUCGACGAGUUUCUCGGCAUCCGCAUCGUUUGCCCGGUCUACAAAGCGCCGAUCAUCGACUAUUUGCAGGUGGCCCUGCGAGCGAAACAAAACAAAGGCGCAACAGCGACAGGUAUCCGUUGUGACUGCAUACUUGUUGUUUAUUUUCUUGGGUCAUGUUCAUCUUCUUUUCGUCAGUGCUCGGACAACACGAUUUUCACUCGUCCUGAAAUCUGCUCCUAUACAGCACCCGCCCCGGUGCAAAUCUUUAUGCAAAGCGCGUCUUGUAGUAGCACUCGCGCUUGGGAGUCGUUGUCGUUCCGUAAUAGAAGCAAGUACAAGUAGACUCGCAUCCGAGUUUUCCUAGCCCUGUGUAGGUGAUACCUGUGUUCAUAUACCUUGCCCUGCACGUGCCAUACCGUGGCUCGAAUCUCUCUGCUCCGUUGCGAAAAACGAUCGUUGUACUCGUUAAGCGUACUAACUGGACAAACACAAAACGUACAAGUACAACCCCCUCGUGUUAUAGUGGGUGUCAGUUGAUGUUAUUAAGAAGCCCCAACGCAUUCGAUUCUACCCACGUGUAGUCUAUGGCUUGAUCGGGCGCGACUCAUCUUUCUGUUCGGUGUCGGCAACAGACAACGAGAGAGCGCCUCUUGGAGCUUGCCAUCGGGCUGCUGGAGGAGACUUCUUACUUACUUACUUGCCGCACCGUCGUCCUCAAAGAACACCGAAAGCAAGGAAACGAUGAGCAAGGUUCCAGCGCCGCCCGCUAUUGACAUACCGGGCGAGGAAGGAGAGGACUUUGACGAUCCUCCCUCGAUGGACUCUUCCUCGUCUUCCACUGCAGUCAGGUAUCUCGGCCCCGCUUCGCCCCCCAGUGCCCCGGCGAUGGACAAGACGUGGAUCUUGGUCCUGUUUGUGCUCUACGGAGCGUGCAGCUCGAGCAUGGUGCUCAUCAAUAAGUCGGUGGCCCUCAAUUUUCCUUACCCCUGGACCAUGCUAUUUUUGCAAGCUAUCGGGACGGUGCUAAUCCCGAUCGUGUUCGGCCGUUGCCGGUGGUUCGAGCGCGUCUUCGGCGAACGUGUCGACGUCUGCCGUAAGCCUGGUGUUUCAAGUACAUCUUCAAACGCCCAAGCAACAUCCACCAAGGCCACCGGAAAAGAUGGCACGCGAGCCGCCACAGCCACACGGAACAAGGCUUCAUCUACUUCGCACAAGUACAACUACUCCAAUGUAGCACCAGGAGAUGAAGACCCCGCCAGUUCCGCGAGCGGAGUAGAAACAUCAACUGUGCCGGGUACUAGCGCUGUCCGGAAAGUAGUGCCUCUCGAGCCAUUGCCAGCGAAGUUAGGCAAGAACGCUGAAACAAGUACGACUACUGCAGGCGCGUCCUCAGAAGUGACAUCAACUUCGGGAGCAUCGCUGAGUCUUCAAGAUGUGGUCUUGGAACCAGCAGGCCGUCCGCUGGGACAUCAAGCUGAUGCAAACGCGUCGCUGCGGCAGGUCGUGAAUAACGAGAGCCACUCUGGCAAUACCACUCAGCAGGAGCACGACGGCAGAACAGACGACCAGAUGCAGACCGAGGAUUUGAUCGGGUCAUUCGAAGAUGGUGAAGACGGGCAAAUCGAUGAAGUACAAACCGAGGACCUGCGCCGGCCGAUGGAGCUGGCAGGCAUUCAGUUGCCUCGCACACCGAAGGGCCAGGCACUCUUGCUCGGCGAAGCCAUGUUCAUCGCAGUGCUGUUGUGGUCGAGUUUCCUAGCUCUGCGUCACGUCUCGGUCCCACUGUUUGUCGUUGUGCGCAACAGCAUUCCCGCCCAAACGGCCUUUGUGGAGUACUUCGUCAGCCCCGAGGUGAAACUGUCCAGGGUCGCGGUGCUUGGUUUGCUUCUCACUUUUGUCGGCGCCUUGGUCUACACGGCGGCGGAAAACGACUUGUUUCGAAACUAUCGCCAAACAGAACGAGAAGCGCCGGGGCGGAGCGCACGCAGCGAGAAUUCUGUCAGCGGUGGAACUUCGGCUUCGCAUGAUCCGGUAAAAUCUUCUCCGAGAGGACUGCUUGAGGAAGUGCAGAAGUCGCCCAUGGGUGUGUGGUACGCAAUUUUUCACAGCAUGGUGGCGGCCGCGUGUACGACGUUCGACAAGACCGGCGUUCGUUACCUGAAGGAGCACGAGAACAUCUCUCCGCUGCGCAACAACCAGGCCCGCUUCUUUGUGGCGCUGCCGAUAUUGUUUCUCUUCCUCUGGAACGUGGAAGUGUUUGCGCAGGUGGACGCAAAAGGGCGGCCCACGACGGACAUCUCGGCGACGCCCGCCUCGUUCCAGCCGAAUCUCCACUACAUCGACUGUCUCUUCGCCUUGUUUACCCCGGGCGAGAACACCAAGAUGCUGGUCUUUCUUCUUUUGAGCAUCCUCAUGGGUUUCUCCAUGGGCACCAUCAACUUCAACCUGCAAGCUGUCAUCUCGGCCGCCAGCUUCCAGGUGGGCAACGUCGCGAACAAAGUGGUGGUUAUCCUCGCGUCGCGCAUCACGCACCCCGACGCGGUCUCGCUUGGGUCGUGGUGCGGACUCUGCAUCUCGUUUCUCGGGGUGUCGGUCUGGACCUUCGCGGAACAAAUCAAACAGAAAUUCUUUGUCGGCUGAAAAAGAUUUUGUGGACAAGAGCUGAACUUCAACUUUCCGUCGUGUUAUAUAAACAAGAUGUAGUUCUUGACAUCUUUAUCUUUUACCAGGCCGCUCCGCGAGAUCGACACUCUAAGAAGACCCCCGUUCAAAACUAAGACAUGGUGGUAGCAGUACGACGGAGUCUAAUACAUGGACUGAGAUAGUGCUGUUGCACCACAAGCAGUGUCGAUUGUUCAUACGAUCUAGUAGUUCGCGACCGAGAUACUGUUUGCGACAACAUCAAGCGCCCUUUCUGUGCGUUGCACUACAUCAUCAUUGUCGAAACAUAUCCAUACUUACACGAGGGCAAGAACUACUAUUUGCUCCGAGGGAGAGUAGUGUCUGAAUCUGAAAUACAAGUUCAGAUUGAUAAUGAAAUUAUGCGGGGCAGGGGAACAAAAAUUAUGCGAAUGCCACACUCUAUAUCUGAAAAAUGAAAAUCCAGUCAGAUUGUGGAUAUGGAUCGGCAACAAAGUGGAAAAGUAAGUAGACCGUGCUGAAAAGCUCGAGACAGAGGUAUUCGUAAAAGAUAAAAAUCAACUUCUCGUCACAAACCUCCGAUCUUCAGGUCUCCGCGAAGAAAACGGACAGAUCGUGGUGGCGCAGGAUGAGAAGUUCGCGCUGCUGCCGAGUCUGGCCUUUUGGCUGCAGUCCACCAUCGGGCUCGGGGACUUCGGCGCUUUGUCGCUCCCGCUGCAGGAGUUUGCGGCGCCGGGCCGGUUUCAGGGCGCGUGGUUCGAGCAGGUGGCGAACGCCAUGGAGAACCUGCCCGUCCAGUUUCAGGGGCUGUGUCCCAUGAAGCACGUGGCCACGGACCCCAAGGCCACCAUCGUGUACGUGGACGUGUUCGCGGAGAAGGAGGGCAACUUGUGGUGGGACAUCGACGCGCGCAUGGGGCGGAACAUCCGCGCGCAGUCGCUGUUCCGCGUGGACGACCACACGCAGUACCUGAACCCCGCGGACUACUUUUUGAACGCCCCGGAGCUGCUGGAUGACGAGUUCGAGAAGCAGCCGACCUUGUACGUGGACCGCGAGAACACCACCCCCUACCCCAAGGGCAAGACCGUCGUCGAGAUCUCGCUCCGCCCCUUCUACGACUGGGCGCAGGGCGGGGAGACGACGGCAGUGGUGGAGCUGUACAACAAGGAGACCCCGUUUUGGGAAAAGGAGCUGGCCACCUUCAAGCAGGACUACAACCACCAGGUGCCGCACCAGCUGGGCGGGGGCCGCACCGCGAACGUGCGCAAGGUGGCGAACUGGACCACCGGGCGGCUGUCGCGGAUUAUGGCGUUCUCAAAUGUUACAUUCUCAACUGUGACAUGAUUUGUAAUGCAAAAACGCAAUCAGAAUCGACACGAUCAAGCUGCUUGGCAUGACAAAUUCUCAAAGAGCCAAACAGGCUGAGAAUCUUUGCCAGAUCUGUCAUGCAAAACGCGCAAGGUGACCCCUUUCACUUUUGCCAUUCCUGCAUCACAAAUCCAUUCUCUGGUGGCGAAAGUAAGGAAAAGUUGGCGUAGUAGUUGGAUGUGCCCGAGUGUGAUGGCGAUGGCUUCGGUCCGCCUGACUCCGCGACCCGGUGGCCUGACCAUCUGCGGAAAGGUGCCCUAUGGGUUGCGUUUGUGGUUUCGGUCGGUUUAGCAUCACAAAUCCAUGUAACAGUUGAGAAUGUAACAGUUGAGAACGCCAUACGGAUGAUGCGCGCCUUCGGGUGGCGCUACAAGUCGCGGUACCACCGCCCCACGCAGAUUCAGGUGGUGGUCAAGGGGAAAACGAAGAACCUGAUCGCCCCGCCACCCGCGGCGGAGGACGAAGAGGAGUCGGAGGAGUCCGACAACGGCGGCGAGGAUCAGGAGGAGGAGCGGUCGAAGAAGGAGCGUUAUCCUGUGCAAAAGUAUCGUACUCGUAGUAAUUGCUAUCAUGCAUGACAAAUAUUCCUUUUUAGGUAAAUCAGCAUUACAAAUUCCGUUUUUCUUCUUGAAAAAAUUUGUGAUGCAAUUUAUACUAGUACGAUAGGAUACUUUUGCAAUGCAUAAGCGGGAGCGCAAGUCGAAAGUGGCGGAUAAGUCAAAGGGCACGAAAUCCGCGCAGGCCAAGCUGGACCGGAUGCGGCGCACGGAGGGAACGAGCCUGGCGAAGACCGACGAGGAGAGGAAGCUGCUGCACCAGUGGACCUUCAUGCGGCCCGUGGGGCACCUGAUCCACGAGCACGACCGGGACUCGAAGAUUCUGGCGCGCCUGCGCAUGGUUAGCUACAUGGACGAGGAACCGAACGAUUUUCACGCCGAUAACUGGGAAAAGCUGGAAGAAAACGACCCGAAGCUGACGAAGGCGGUCAAGAACGAGGUGAUCACGACGCCGCGCGAUCCCAGCCUGGAGGAGAAGCGGACCUGGGCCCAGGUGAGCAACAAUUUCGUCACCAUCAAGUACGGGCUCACGCUGGAUAAGCGCAUUCUCCGCGCACAGAUCAUCUGGGCCGCGCCGCAGCAGAGGGUGAUCUUCAAAAACCCGGGGACCUUACUCUACGUGAUAAAAAUCCUCGAGGGCGAAAACGAGGGCAACUACAUUCAAGUCGUCACGCCGGGCUUCGACCUGCGCUUCGCGUUCGAAACCUCCCUGUACGUCAGAAAAACGCUCCUGGAAAGGUGGCGAACGUUGGAGCGAAAAAUCGCGGAAAACACGAAGAAGUCAAAUCAGGUACUUUUUUUUGUUUGACUUAGAGCGAUUGCGAUCGUUGUAAGUACUAUGAAUCAUGUAGCUGCCCAAGCCACUAUUUGCACUUUUCUCAUUAACAAACCCAAUCGCUCUCCUCCACGGAUCGCAUCGACUAUCAGGCCGACAGCGGAACCUCGUCAAAGGCCAAGUCCAAGAAAAAGAAGAAGCAGGAAGAGAACACCGACAUGGAGCCGAACGGGUUUUCGCUCUCCAUCCCGGUCCGGGAGAACGAGUUUGUGAUGCGGUUGUACCGUAAGUUCGGGCUGUCCAUCUUCGAUCGCGAGCAGACGGAGUCGUGGUACCGCAAGUACCUCGGCGAGGUGUUCCAGGACAUGUUCGCGGACAUGCACCUCUUCGAAGAGUCGAAGGCCGUGCGGAUCCGGAAGGACGGCAGCAAAACCGAUCCCUACAAGGAGCGGUUCAUGAUGAACUCUAUGAACAUGCGCCGGAGCCUGAUCGUCGGAGAGACGAUGGACUUCGUGGGCGAGCUGAAGGGCCACGUGUCCCUGGAGUCCGUUCCCCAGAGCGAAGUGGACUUCGACCGCGGCUCCAAGGACUUCUUCGACACCAUCCCGCAGCCCCUCGCCAUGCCGCUCAAUCGCUUCUGGCAGAUCGACACCUUGAUGGCGCACGUGUACGUGUUAACCGCCAGAAAUCUCGUGGAUCCCGCCAUGGGUUCCGGAAGUAUUAACCCCUACCUGACGGCCACCGCGGUAAGUGCAAUGCAAUGCAUUUGAUGUUGAGACGUAUUUCUGCCCUGGCUGUAAUAGGAGGCGUGAACCUAAAUUUCUAUGAGUUCAGUCAUCGGGUAACAUCUUGAUGCUGCUGUGGCGAUCAGAGCUGCUUUAUGAAGCUUGUCACAUGGCCAUUAUCCUUAUCGAUCUUUCACUUUCUAGGGCGCGACGCACAUUGUUUCGCCGAAGCGCAUCUCUUCCGCGCAGACGAACCCGGAUUUCUACGAGUCGUUCCAGCUGCCGGUACAGAUUCCGGGCACGGACUGCAUCACCCUGACCGUGAUGAACGCGAACACGAUGGGCGACUCAAUUGUCGGCCAGGUGGACAUUGAUAUUGAGGACCGGUGGCAGGCUGUGAUCCAGAAAAACCUGACGCAGCUGACGUCGAUCAAGUGGCUCAAAGACCACCUUUCCGACGAGGGUGUCGACGAAGAAAGCAACGAAAAGAUCUACGGGAGCAAAGUCUUGAGUCAAGAAGUCGUGAGAUGCAACAUUUGCUCCAAAUGGUCUGAUUGCGUUUUUUCACUCCGCGACAUUAGCCUUUGACGUUCGUCAAGAUAGAAAAAAUUAAAAUUCUACAUAACAUGCAGAUGAACGCUGGAAGGACGAAUUUGUCGUGUAGAGUUUUGACUUCGACUCAAGCUUUUCCUACUACAACUUUCGGCCCCAAUUGGCCCCGGGCAAGCCCUUUCCCAUCGAAUUUUCUGAGUUGAAUCACAUCGACCCAGACUCGAAAUUGCGCACUCCGGCGGGCAGCAUUCGGUACUGGGUGGACCUGGUUCCCACGGAAGAAACCUACCACGAGUUCGACGUGGGCGCAACCAGGAAGGGCGCGGACUUCGAGAUCCGAGUCACGGUUUGGAAUGUGAAGGGCGUGACCAUCUACCAGGAUGACGGGCAGCGCAACGACCUCAUCGUCCGCGGAACCCUGAUUAUCCGCAGCAUCGACGGGUCGGUGACCCGACAUACGAAGGAAACGGACUGCCACAAGUUCUGCAACCAGGACGGCACCUUCAACUGGCGGUGGAAGUGGCCCGUGGUGUGCCCCGCGGCCAGCUGCAGUCUGGUCCUGCAACUGAUGGAUUCGGACGCACUAACGGACGCCGAACCGUUGUACGACCCCGAGGUGGUGCCGCUGGACCACCACUUGCGUUUGGCCUACACCAACUACAUACACCACAAGAACAUCGAGAACGCCGUGAUGGGCAAUCACCGCACCUACGUCCUGUUCGAUUCCUGGCCCGCAGGUAAGAUGAAAUGCAGUAUAUUUUUCAUCUUUUUAUAUCAGCAGGUAGAACCAAUUCAUGAAUGAUGUUCUUGUUUAGAGCUGCGCCUUUUUUGUCUAUGUGCGUGCUGUCCUCCGGUCCCACUCUUGCAUUCUUAGUGAUCGUCUCAUUUUCACGGUUCUGCUACCGAUGAGCAAAAAUAUCCCCCCACGUUCUCUCUGAAAAGAAUCCCAUGAUGUACCUACUUCUAUGUUACCAAUCUAGAUGCCCCCAAGCCGGUCCGCGUAUCCUGUCUCCCCUGUUGCAACAAAACCAUGGAGCCAACGCCAGCGUUGUUGAUGUGCGACGUGCAGGUGGUGCCGACCGAAUGGGCCGAGUCACACCCGUGCGGCGAGGGCCGCGACGCUCCGCACCCCCUCCCGGAGCCCGCCGGGCGGGUGUCCUGGCAAACGGCGCUCAAAGACCCCGUGCUCCUCAUCAAAGUUUUGCUCGGUCCCCAGAAGGUGGUGAUGUGUAAGUGGCUCUGCGGCUGUACCUGCUUCUUGCUGCUUGCCGUCGCGGUAUUCGGGCUGCUUUUUUUCCUCAGUCAAAUUACCGGCGCUUCCGGACUGGGCCUCAUCGGGCCCGCAUCCUGAACCAACCUGGGGAGGAACGACAACGAAUUCAAUCGACACUUACGAUGCUGUCGGUGUCGGAAGCAGGGGCAUAAGAAGCAACAAAAGAUGUUUUCUUGUAGCUUCAGACCGACAGUAGCUUCGAUGAUGCAAAUGAUAAGAACCUACAUGUACAUGUAUGCUUGAAUCUACUUUUUCUUUGUUCUCGAGGGACAAUGCGUACGUAGAAGAGAACUUGCCUCUCUGUCUAAGCUUGUUGCGGCUUCGAUAUUUUGGUUCUUCUUGUGGUUUGUGGUUGGAAGCCCUCAUUGCCAACAACAUGAUAUUGACAUUCAGCCUGUGCAUGGAAGCAAACAACAUUGCGGCAACUCGUGCGUUCGAUGAUUGCUAGCGUAUGGUGAUGGAAACAUCAAAAUCAAUGGCGCGUAUAACAAGUACUUAUCAGGAAGGAAACUACAUUAUAAUUUUCCGAUGGUUUGCUGGAAACAGUGGCGGACUUUCGCUGAUAGGAUUAGUAACGCCUUCUAGCGCGUAUGUAUUUAUCAUUCUUCUCGACGUUGCAUACGCAAAGAAACGCACUCUCAGUGGCAGUGUGAAAACUUCACUAUGGCUGCAUGACGGGUUUUUUUUUCGAAACCGAUCAAAA